UUUGCGCCGCCCUUCUACAAUCGCCCUCCGACGCCUCUACCACCCAGCCCUUCGUUGACGAGUCUGCUGCGCCCGACCUUCAGCACGCAUGCCUCAAGGCCUACAACGCCAGACCCCAGCAGCGACGAAGGCACCUCGCAGACUCCCAACAGUGCAGCUGCAACCACCCUCACAACGUCUUUCCGCACCGCAAAGCCCAUUCCUCGCGCUUCGCCCAAAGUCCCCACCUACGAGUACUAUGGCUUUACCCUGUACCUGACAUCCACCCUCACCUUUGCAAUCUAUUUGCUCUGGAGCUACCUGCCUUCGCCAUUCUUGCAUCAGCUGGGCAUCUACUACUACCCCAAUCGCUGGUGGAGUUUGGCUAUCCCCGCUUGGUUGGUCAUGCUUGUCGUAUGGAUCUACGUCGCAUUGGCUUCCUACAACACCGGAUACCUGACUCUCAAGAUGCAUGCUGUCGAGUGUCUGGUCGACGAUGCUGCAAACAUUGCUGUCGUGGAUGCAAAGGGAAACAUUAUUCGCAAGGAUGAUGAGGGAAGGUGGAAGUUGCAUCGGAGGGACAACAGUACUGGAAAGAACAUACCUCCGAAAGAUUUGCAAUGGGAUACGCUGUGGAAUGAGGGUACGGAUGCUGUUAUGGAUGUGCCUAUCGGUGGUGUGUGCGAGAUACUCUAUGGCACAGCUGAUGAUGAUGAUGAUGAUGAC